CCGGGGAAGCGAGCAGGGUAGGGAAGACCCGAGCCAAGGCAGGGGGUUCAGGAAAGGGGGAUUCCUCCGGCCUGUAGCGGGAGAGAGCGCGGCUGCCCUGGCAUCUGGGAGUCUGACGUUAAUUAUUUGACAAAGGAGGGGGAGAAAGGAGGCCCGCUGUGGAAGCUGACUUUGAGUCUGUGUCUGGCCCUCCCCGGAGCGGGACAGGCGGGAAUGGAGGGCUCGGUGCCGGCGUGGGGCCAAGGGUGGUUGAGAAAGGAGCCGGGGACAGUUCCUUGGGGAGCAGCAGGGUUUGUGCCACUUGGAGCUCUUUCUGCAGGUCUUUCCAGGCAAGGCCGGCCCUAGCUUCACCGAGGAGUCCCGGAGGAUCCAGCUUCUCCCGGGCUCCUGUUUAAGCAGGACUGGAGGAGUGGCUGGGAGGAGGGCCCUGGGGCAGCAGGGUGAGGCCCCACGGGAGAGGAGACUGGGUGGAAGGUUUCAGAUGCUGAGACGCCCAUCCUGGCCGCCCUCUGUGUGCUUAGAAAGGACUGAGACCGAGUGCCAUUCGGGGUGACAGGAUGCCCAGUACAGGAAUGGAGAUUGGAACAGGCACCUGGGGUUUGGGGGCCAGUAUCCUUCCGCUCAGGGUGUGGGGUAGGAGUUAGAACCCCUGAUGUGGGCGGGCAGCAGGAGGGCGGGAAAGGUGGGCGGUGCUUGUGAUCGGUUUCAGUGGGACUUGCUCCUGGGAGCCUUCAGCUGUGUGAUUCAGAAAGGUGGAGGCAGGGACGCUUUGUCUUCAGCCUUUUGAGUGGAGACCGUGGAGAGGGGAGAAGUGGGGAUGGAUUAGGGGGCAACUCCGGCAACAAAAUAGGGGAGCUGAGCCCCAGCUUUCUGGCUUAGGUAACUGGUAAGUGGGAUGGCGUUAACCAAGCCAGGGAACUUGGGACAAAGCAAGUUGAAUUUUAGCCUCGAGUUCCCUCCGCCCUUGAUGGUGGCAGCGGGUGACAUUGUUCCCCUGUCUCACAGACCUAGUGUCUGUGAGAAACCCUUUUCAGCCACUCCAGGCCUGGCCUCACUAAUGAGCUACCAUGGUGGGAAAGACCCAGCCCUCUUCCUCCUCCUCUCGCUGUUCCUCUUACCUCCCCCUCCAGACCCUCCACUUCACCUGCCUGGAGGAGAGACCCAUGUCUGCCUCUUCCCCUCCUGCCUUUACUUUCCUGGCUGCAGGAGAAGGAUCAUAGUGAAAAGGUGAAAGUGGCCAUCUCCAACCCCAAGCCAGAGCUCAGAGGUGCCCCAUCCCCCUUUCCUGGACACAGUGUUUUCUAGAAGCAGGCUGUUUUCACUGGAUCUGGUGUGUUCAAAGCUAGUAGGGGCCUUGCCAGCACCUUCCUUAACCUCUUCAGGAAAUGCAACCAAGUCCCACUUUCUGGAGCCCACCCCACCCAAUGAGGGGGCCCCCGGGACCCCCUGUCACAAACCUGGAAAACUGUGCUCAGAGUUGGGGACAGAGCAGGGGGAGCAGGAAAGGAAUGUGUCUUUCCCUGAGCACAUUCUCCAAAAGUGGUGGCCUUUCUGACAGGUGUAGACAGAGAGUCAGCGGUUGGGGGGCUACCCGUAUGCUCCCUUGAAAAUACUCAGCCAGACCCCCCAGCCCCCUGAAAGCAGCCCCGCCUGGUAUGUAUCUGUGGCCUCCCGGUGCGUUUCAGCCUGUACUGGAUUCCGGGCUCUUGAGGCAUGACAUAUCUGCUCCCCAGCCAUCUCUGACCAACCCCUGGCCCAGGAGAAGCGGGAUGAUCCUGACACACCCACCAUGGCUGGGGACAUCACAGAGCCGGGGCAGGCUGCAGGGAGGCUCUGCUCUAGAUACUGCUCUGCGUCCCUUAGAGGGUCGGGGCCCUGGGGCUCAACCCCAGACAAGUGGGGAAGCUGGUCUGGGCCACAUCUGUCCACUCAGAGCGUCCCCCCCCUUUUUCCAGACCGCGGCCUCCAGCGUUCACUCCCCAACCCUCACAGACCAGCCUCCUUCCCUGGAUGGUGGGUGGGCAAGUGGACAGGGCAGGGUGCACAGGAUGACCUCCUCCCCUGUGGGUCAGGAGACAGAAUCCAGGAAACGUGGCCAGGCCAACCCCUCACCCUCAGGCCCACAUGGGAUUCUUGUGCCCUUCAGGUGGGGCCGUCCCCAGGGAGCCCCCUGGGCGGCAGACGCCUGCCCACUCCUCAGCCCCUGCUGGGGACCCCCAGGAGCAGUGGCAUUCCCUGCGAGAGUGGCUGGGGCGACUGGAGGCUGCAGUGGUGGAGCUCAGAGAACAGAACAAGGACCUGCAGAUGAGGGUGAGGCGGCUGGAGUCCUGUGAGUGCCGCCCUGCGUCUCCGCAGUGCUGGGGGCUGGGGCGUGCCUGGCCGGAGGGGGCGCGCUGGGAGCCUGACGCCUGCACAGCCUGUGUCUGCCGGGAUGGGGCUGCUCAUUGUGGCCCCCAAGUCCACCUGCCCCAUUGCGGGGGCUGCAGCCAGAAUGGCCAGACCUACAGCAACGGGGAGACCUUCUCCCCAGAUGCCUGCACCACCUGCCGCUGUCUGGAAGGGGCCAUCACCUGCACCCAGAAACCAUGCCCAAGAGGACCCUGCCCUGAGCCAGGAGCAUGCUGCCCACACUGUGAGCCAGGUCAGCCUCCUGCCAGCCUCAGCCCUACCUCCUGCAUGCAUUCUGGGGCCCACAGCCAUGGCCUGCCACCUGAGAGUGAGCGAGCCUGGGACAUGCCCAGGGGUCCUGCCCACUCACUCUGACAGUGGCCAGGGGAGUGCAGAACCCAUGCAUAAGCCAGCGAAUACUCUGGCCUGGGACUCAGCCAGAGACCGUAGGGGAAAUAGGCAUGCAAUCUUUUUCCUGCCCUAAGGGAGCCUCCAAUCUAGUUGAGAAGAUAAGCUCAUAGCUAAACUACCAUAAGAUUUAAGACCCAAGAGCAGAUUAAGAGGAAGUAUAGGCCGGGCAUGCUGGCUCAUGCCUGUAAUCCCAGCACUUUGGGAGGCCGAGGCGUG